AUGGAUUCUUUGAAUAGUACUGUACAGGAGAAACUUGAUGAGGUAAUGCCAUGGAUAGGAUUGUAUAUCGCAGUAGCUUCUGCAGUCUGCACGCUCGCAAUGGCAGCUGAUGCCUUCAAUGGAUUCAAAUCAAAAAAGUUUUGGUUCCCGUGCAAUUACUUCUCUCUGAAUGCCGCUUCCUUGACAUUAUUAGCCGUGGCAAUGAAGCUGCCGAUGGACCUCAACACUUAUUUGCUAUACCAGGCGGAUUGGCAUGCAAAGAUAUGCAGUUUAAUUUUCAUGUCAAUUUCAAUGAGUAAUUUCAUGUCUUCUUUAGGUUCCAUGACAGAUAAAGAGAUUCUGAUGAACACCGUUGCUCUUGGGAUUCUUGUAAUCACGAUUGUCGUUAACAUGUGCAUUCAAACUUUCCAGUUGCAUGGUUAUUUUCAUAAAGAUAUGAUGAUCAUGGCUCUGAACUAUACUAUUUUGAUGCUUCUUUCACUUGCUGGAUUUUUAUCUUCAGCAAUCUCACUUCCAACCAGCAAAAGGAGUUUGGAAUCAAAAUACCAAGAGAUGCACCAGGUAGCUAUGAGGGAAGACGGGAUAGUGAAGAAGAUGCAGGGCGUCAAAAUUGACAAACGGAUGAUUGACGGGAUGAAGAAAUACUGGGUGAUGGCGGAAACCAGCAAUCCUCAAUUUGUGAUGGCACGUUCUAUCUUUUGCACUGCUUCUAAUGUUAUAUGCUUAUUUGCUGCCAGCUCAUUACAAACAGUUUAUAUUCGAUGGAUCGUGAGAAGUCAUAAAGUUACACUUGGAGAAUCAGCAUCUGUAUAUGGACGUUACACCAAAUGGAUUCUAACAGCUCAGUCUUCUGGGGUGCUAGUGGGCACAAUUGCACCAAUAUCCAGAUGGUUCAUUGCUAUCAGAUUCAAGUGCUUGACGACUUACCAUGAGAUUAGCUUCGGCAAGGAACUUAGAAUUGAAGACCAUUGGAUCCAAACUCUCAAGUACUGGAGAGACAGCUUCUCUGGUAUACAGAUCCAAGACGGCAAGUGCAGGAAAUAUAUUCAUAACGUCAAAUGGUUUACUCUAACUUUUCUUAUUGGCGUUCAAAUAAUGAUGGUUCUGUUCAACAAGCUGCUUCUCUUCAUUCCCACCUUACUCAUAACUCCAUUUCUCUUAUGUUUCAAGAAGUUCAAGACGCGAGGUUUAGCCAAAGCUACAACCUCAAAUAAGGAUAUGAGAUCUGAAUCAGGAGGCAACAUAGAGCUAAAUCUCAACCGUUUUGUUCUUCUACUCGAUGGCGAACCAGAGCUACCUCAGAGUAUCUUGAAGGACAUCUGCGACCAAGCGGAUAAAGUUAUCGAAACAGGUACAAAGCAACAACCAAAAAAUCUAUUACAACUUCUAAAUAGAUUUGGAAACUUUAGCGGUGUAAGAGAAUUUGACAGCUUACAAGUUCCAAGUUUACAUUCUCAAGAACCUCCAAAUUGCUGGACUCUACCAUUAGUGACUCUUACGAGCAUUGCAAUUUCACUUCCAAACAUCGCAAUCAAUCAUAAGGCUACACAACUAGUGAGUAGUGUGAGCGAAGGUUUGUCCUUGGUGAUGCUUAUAGAGAAAACACUAGACCAAAAUGGUGAACUCAUGAACAUCAGAAAUGCUGCGGAUGUUACUUGGGCUGGAGUUGCAAUUUAUAGGAAGUGGCAACAGAUCGAUCUUAGACAGAUAGCUCUUGAUUGCAAAAGCUCCAAGAAUCUAUUACAAGAGCUCUCCAGCCGUGCUGAAAUGACAGUUCUGGAGUUCAAGAGAAAAGUCAAUGAUUUCCUAAUGAAAAAUCCUCUCAACUGGCCCGCUAGCGUUAUAGCAGCCAAUUCAAUGUAUCGGAUCUGUCAAACUAUUUUGUUGUCCUGCCAAGAGGAAAACGACCGAAUUGACUGCCAAGAGCAAGCUGAUGAGGGGUUGUUCGAGCGAUUAUCUGUCAUGAUUGCAGACAUACUGGCAGCUUGUUUCACAAAUUUAUCGCACGUGAUGAUCACAAAGUGUCAUAGGAACGCCAUAGAAGAACGAGAGAAGAGUGUGCACGAAGCAUUUCUUCUUCUUGGCAAAACACGACAAAUUGUGGAACUUGUACAACGACAAGAAUGGCCAUCUCUGGGUCAUGACAAAGCAGCAUUCAUUGAAGAGUGGCGUGCUCUCUUCUUGCAGGAUAACGAGAAUCCGGUGACUUCCACUUCCAGUAAUAAAGCAGGGGGAUCUCUAGUUUCCAAUGGAGAGCAAAUAACUGUUACAGUAGACGACAACUCCUAA